GGUGCAGGUGUGUGGCUUUGGUUUGUGUGUGGGUGUGUAUAUAUAGAUGGAGGCACAGAAACUGUCAUCCUUGGCCAUUGCUAGCUGCUAGCUGUUACAAGGUUUGUUGGGUAGCCUAGCUACACAAGAAAGAGAAGGAGGAGGAGAAGGAAGAGGGAGGAGGAAAAGAAAGAAGAGCUAGAGAAGAAGUUUGUUGUAUUUGCAGUAGUAAGAAGAAAGAAAGAAAGUAGCAGGUAGAGAGAGAGAUGGCGGACGCUGAUGACAUCCAGCCUCUGGUGUGCGACAACGGGACGGGGAUGGUGAAGGCCGGGUUCGCGGGGGACGACGCGCCGCGGGCGGUGUUCCCGAGCAUCGUGGGGAGGCCACGGCACACGGGGGUGAUGGUGGGGAUGGGGCAGAAGGACGCGUACGUCGGGGACGAGGCGCAGUCGAAGAGAGGCAUCCUGACGCUCAAGUACCCCAUCGAGCACGGCAUCGUCAACAACUGGGACGACAUGGAGAAGAUAUGGCACCACACCUUCUACAACGAGCUCCGCGUUGCCCCCGAGGAGCACCCGGUGCUGCUGACGGAGGCCCCCCUCAACCCCAAGGCCAACCGCGAGAAGAUGACCCAGAUCAUGUUCGAGACCUUCAACGCCCCCGCCAUGUACGUCGCCAUCCAGGCCGUCCUCUCCCUCUACGCCAGCGGCCGCACCACCGGCAUCGUCCUCGACUCCGGCGACGGCGUCAGCCACACCGUCCCCAUCUACGAGGGCUACGCCCUCCCCCACGCCAUCCUCCGCCUCGACCUCGCCGGCCGCGACCUCACCGACUACCUCAUGAAGAUCCUCACCGAGCGCGGCUACUCCUUCACCACCACCGCCGAGCGCGAGAUCGUCCGCGACGUCAAGGAGAAGCUCUCCUACAUCGCCCUCGACUUCGACCAGGAGAUGGCCACCGCCGCCACGGGGUCGUCCGUCGAGAAGAGCUACGAGCUGCCCGACGGCCAGGUCAUCACCAUCGGCGCCGAGAGGUUCCGCUGCCCCGAGGUGCUGUUCCAGCCCUCCUUCGUGGGGAUGGAGGCUGCGGGGAUCCACGAGACCACCUACAACUCCAUCAUGAAGUGCGACGUCGACAUCCGCAAGGACCUCUACGGCAACAUCGUCCUCAGCGGUGGCACCACCAUGUUCCCCGGCAUCGCCGACAGGAUGAGCAAGGAGAUCACCGCCCUCGCUCCCAGCAGCAUGAAGAUCAAGGUCGUCGCGCCGCCCGAGAGGAAGUACUCCGUCUGGAUCGGAGGCUCCAUCCUCGCAUCACUCAGCACCUUCCAGCAGAUGUGGAUUGCCAAGGCUGAGUACGACGAGUCCGGCCCCUCCAUCGUUCACCGAAAGUGCUUCUAAUUUCUUUUUUUACCUAUUAAUUAAUAAUUAAUCCUUAAUUAAAAAACAACAAUAAACUAACUAAGCACCACAUAAUAAUAUAUAUAUAUAUAUAUAUAUAUAUAUAUAUAUAUAUAUAUAUAUAUAUAUAUAUAUAUAUAUAUAUAUAUAUAUAUAUCCAAGAGGAUAUAUAUAUAUAUAUGCUACUUAUAAGAGUACGUCACCACCACACCGCUCCUCACGUCCAGCUUCCUUUUUCCAUUUCUCCCCUAUUUUCUUUCUUAUACACUACAAUUAUCCAUUCAUUUGGAGGUAGACCUUAUAUAGAUAUUACUAUGUUUGCUUCUUCUUUUUUUUCCCUUUCAUUUGGAGGCUGUACGUGUUUGAUUAUUAUUAUUAUUUUGCCUGUAUACGCUGUAAGUGCAUCGAUCUCACAAGAUCGAUCAUCAUCAACUUAUCCAUCCGGAUUGAAAUAUGGUCUAUAUCUUUCAUUUCCA